AUGAUUACCACAAUUAUUGUAGUUCUCGUCAUACUAUUUUUUGUUCGCAAGAUAUUCACAGAGUUUUUGUCCGAAAGCGCCAACCCUCUAUCAGCGAGUGACCAUUUGAACCAAAAAACUAUAGUUCAAGGAAAGUUCACUCCCAAAACUUUACAAAGGUUCAAUGGCAAGGAUUCAAACAAGAUUUUCAUUGCAGUUAAGAAUCGUGUUUUUGAUGUAACGCAAGGAGCUGCAUUUUAUGGUCCAGGUGGUCCAUACGAGAAUUUUGCCGGAAGAGAUGCAUCAAGAGGAUUGGCUUUGAACUCGUUUGAUCCUGCUGUGUUAACACCUGUUGACCAACCCAUUGAUGAUUUGAAAGAUUUGGGAAAGUUGGAAUUGGAAUCUUUGGAAAGUUGGGACGAGCAUUUUGAAAACAGAUACAAAGUUGUUGGUACUUUACAUGAAAAUGGUACAGUUACCGGAGAGGAUAAUCUUCCUGAGUAA